UGAAUGACGAUCGUCAAUGAUUAUCUUAUAAAAUAAAAGUCGCAAAUUGAAAACGACAUCCUUUCUGUACGAAAUUUAGCUUUCUAGAUGCUGGAUGGUUUUGACAGUGACCUAGCACAAUUGCGCUAGUUUUUGUAUUUUAAAGCUGUUGCGGAUAAAUAUAGCGGGUAUUUGGCUGCUUAUAGUUACAAUGUUGAUCAGCUUAUUGUAGCCAAACAGCUUUUAAGUAUUUGCGCUAUGUGGUUAUUAAAUUUAACCGGAAAACAUUGAUUUUUUUAUCUAUGGUCCAUAGAUGACAGAACUUAGAUGUUGAUGGCAUUUGUAUAUAAAUAAAGUGAAUUUAAGAGAUCCGAGUGUAAUUAAAUGAUCGCUACUAUUAUUUAAAAUGGCCUUAACAAAUAUAUUACUCCUCAGUCAGAUAGCUGGAUAUGUAAUUGCACUCAUAUUGUCUUUAUGUAUUAUAGUUCCCAUGAGUCUCCAACAAGAUGAUUUCAAAGGUCAUUGUUUAUUAUUUUCUACUGGCGAAUGGCAAGAAACUGAUGGUCAGUUAGCGAUACAUUGGUCUUCCCAGGGGUACUGCAAUUACACUAUAUUUGUUGGUGUUGCUUUGUUUCUUGUUUCUGCUGUACAAAUAUAUAGAUUAUCAAUUUUUAUGUACAAGGGUACAGAUAGUAGCUUCCUAUCUACUUUUAUUGAUGUUAUUACAGGAAUUUGGAUAUGUGGUAUGACUUUUAUAGCAGCAUGUAUGAUAACUUUUGGAUUUAUGGCAUGGUGUGAAAAUAUGACUGAGCGUUUCCCAUCAUGUGAAUUGGCAGCUGGGCAAGACAUUGAUCACAAAGAUGGAAUUAAUACAAAAAAUUUCUACAUAGAGCUAGGAACUGCUCAAUUUGGAAUAUGGGGAUCAUUUGCUACAUGGGUUGGCCUUUCAGUGUGUGCACUUCUCAAGCUCUGUCGAUAUCAUCAACUGGAAAAUAUAAGAGUGUCAAUGUACCGAGAACGACAAAGAUUAAUUAAUGAAAAUGCUGAUUCUCCGGGUAAUUCAUUGGGAAGGGAAUCAAACAGCACAGAAUCCACAGCUACUGCAGAGUGAUUAGCUUAUGCUGUAUUGCAUUAUCCAUAUUUAUUAGUUUAUGCUAUAAUACACAUAUCAUUAUUCCUUCAUCAUACUGUAUAUAGAUUAGUAGGUAUGUUCUAAAUAAAAA